AUGUCAAAGCUACGACUCUUCAGGGCGUUAGUGCCCUCGGCUCUGUUUCUAGACUCUUCCGCAGCGGCCAGGGCAGCAGCAGGGGCUGCAGCGAUUUCGCAAUCCGGAGGUCUUAUCGCUCAGUCGUCGCAGCAUUGCGCCGAUCUUAGCCAUUGCUUCGCUACAGUCACUUCUCCUCAUCGCAACCAGCAAGAUCCAUCAGCAGAAGCGGAAAUCGCUGGCUCGAACGAUCAGGAAGCCGAUUCGCUGGUUCUGUCUGGCGGAGGUGACGACGGAAGCCGAUCGGGCGCGGAACGAGCUGCAGGUUCAUCAGAUGGACGGUCAGACGGGGACGAUGGUUUUCGCGUUAGGUCGGAGCCGUGGAUCUUCAACCUGACCGAACUUCCUCCUGAUUCGACGGCUGCGCGUUUGUCAGAGGAGAGUAAGGAGAACAUCUGGCUGCUGCAUCAGAAGGAUCCGGGUCAUUGGAGCGUCGCACGGCUGGCUCGCGAGUAUCGCGUGCGACAGCAGCGAGUGCAUGCGAUCCUGUGGCUCAAGAAUCUGGAGAAGAAGAUGGAGGAGGAGCAAGGCAAGCCUCUUGAUGACUCCAUCGCAAAGGAGUUUGAGAAGCAGCAUGGUUCCUACGACAAGGCAGUGGGAGAGCGGCAUGUGAAGAUCUACCCGAGUGAAGCCGUGGACUCGCUUCCAGAGGGGCCGGAGAGAGUGAAGCUGCUGCUACAGGAGUCUGAAAAGGAGGAAGUGUGGAAACUGGACGAGUUUGUCAAGAGAAUGGAGUUCAACAAGAAACAGGGUGCUAGUGUGACAUUGAUAGCUCGAAAUCACAAGAAGCUGGUUCAAGCAAGGAAAGAGGUGGAAGCUUGUCUUGACAACAUAGCAUCCCCUUCAAGCAACACCAGGGCCACGCUCAUCUCCCAUAAUCCGUGGGUAUCGAUUAAGUCGGUGGAUGCUACUGACCCGGCGGCUAUCAAGGCAGCGAUCACAUCAAUAGACGAGGAGUGCCCGAUUGACGUUCUGCAGUGCAACGCUGGGAUUGUGAGGACCGGAUUUGUGGAAGACAUAUCGGCUGAAGACGUUCAGUCUCAGGUUCACACCAACUUCCUGGGGAGUGUCUACCCAGUGCAGGCUGUACUCCCAAGCAUGAAGGCUCGGGCCGAGGCUGGGGAGGAGCCUGGUGCUAUUGUCUUCACGUGCUCUCUAGCAGCCCUGGUGAGCCUUUCUAAUAUUCUUAUUCGUCCAUCAAGCUGCCCUUACGAUCCGACUAUUCCAUCUAUCACGGUUUGCGGUGCUGCUCUCAGUAUAGCGGUGCUGCUGUAG